AUGAUACCAAAUUAUUUAAUAUGGAGUGUUGUUUCUCGACCAGCUUAUGUAUAUUUGCCUCAUUUAUAUACUGAAAAUUCUACGGAAAUAGUUUAUUGGGUUAGUACAGCAACAGGUGAACGAUUAGAAAAAAUGUCUUUUGUUAUAAUGGCAUUAUGUUUUAAAAUUUUACCUGUUUUUAUCUUAAUUAUAUUCAGUAUAUUAUUAAUAUUAAAUAUUCAUCAUGUACGUCAAUUACGUGAACGUCUUCAUCAUCGUUAUGUAUAUGUAUCAUCAACAUCAAGUUCAAAACGUGAAUUACGUAUCACACGAAUGCUUGUAUUCAUAACAUUAUUUACUGCAUUUGUUGAAUUUCCUCAAGGACUUUUUUUUAUUGCUAGUGGUAUUGAUAAAAAUUUCUUUUUCCUAUAUGCACAUUUAGGUGAUAUAUGGGAUAUAACAUCAAUUAGUUCAUCAUUUAUAACAUUUAUAAUGUAUUGUUUAAUGUCUCAACAAUUUCGUGUGGAAAUCUAUGCACUUAUUUUACCAAAAUGUUGGACAAAAAAUUCAAUUUGA